ACUGUGAGCAUGCGUUCGCGUACUUCCGAGCAAACGUCAAACUUUGGAUUUGUCUUCCUUUCCGUCACUUUAGUUUGAAUAAAGUAGACACAUUUUGUCAAGCUAACUCACCAAGAUGGUCCAGCGUUUGACACUGAGAAGACGUCUGUCUUACAACACCAAGUCCAACAAGCGACGUGUUGUCCGUACGCCCGGUGGCCGUCUGGUCUACUUGUAUGUCAAGAAGCAGCGCACCGUGCCGAAAUGCGGUCAGUGCAAGGAAAAGCUGAGCGGCAUCAAGCCAUCCCGGCCUAGCGAGCGCCCACGUAUGUGCCGCCGCCUGAAGACCGUUACCCGUACCUUCGGCGGUGUCCUGUGCCAUCGUUGCCUGCGCGAGCGCAUCAUCCGUGCAUUCCUGAUCGAUGAGCAGAAGGUCGUCAAGGUUCUGAAGGCACAGCAGCUCGGCAAACCCGUCAGCAAGCCACCGAAGAUUGCCAAGGCUCCGACCAAGGCAACCGCUGCUGCCACCGCCACCACAACCACCACCACCAAGAGCAAGUAGAGAGCCUGUCUGUCUGUGGAUGUGAGGAAUUGGGGGGAGAUCACCGUGUACAAUAUAAGAACAUGCUAAUUGGAAAAAAAGAAUAAAAUGCGGAUACAAAUACUAUAAGGAAGCGGUAAGUUGCAAA